GGCUGCCGGGGUCAGUGCAAUUUAAACGUGUUGCGACUGAUGAGUGAACCUACGGCUGCCGCUCUUGCGUAUGGCUAUCAGCGUUWGAUGGGUAGUAGCAAGGCUGGAGGAGAAAGACCGUACAAGCGUCAGCGGUUGGUAGGGAGUAGCAAUGGUGGAGGAGGAAGACAGGUGGUAAGGCUCUGUAGGUGCGGCGAACAAGGGCAUUAUGAAAAUCAGUGCCCGAAGAACGAAGGCCAGAGCCAACAUGGAGGGAGUGGAGGUGAAAGCARCCCGGUCGUCUGGUUUAGCAAGGGUGUAGAGGUGGGAAGGACGGACGUCCUSGUUUUUGACAUGGGUGGGGGAACCUUCGAUGUGUCGGUUGUCACAAUGAAGUUCAAGAUUCAGCUUCAAGGGGAGGAUUUGCUGGUAAAGCCAAGGAUUCACACAAAGCUCAACCAGCUGAUUGUGGAUGCCAAGCAUGAUCUGUCCGUUAAAACCGAGACAGAGAUCGACCUGGAUUGCGGUGGCGAAGAAAUCCUCAUCUUGACAUUGGACCGCGCCAAAUUCGAGGCACUCAAUCAAGAGCUGUUUGACAGGUGCAUGAUGAUCGUGGAACAAGCUCUUUCUGAUGCGAAGAUCAGCAGGGGUGAGAUCUCGGAUGUGCUGCUGGCGGGUGGAUCCACGAGGAUCCCGAAGGUGCAAGAGAUGCUGACGGCAUUCUUUGGCAAGCCGCCCAUCAAGUCCGUUCACCCUGAUGAGGCUGUGGCAUUCGGAGCUGCUGUGCAGGCCGGCUUGCUGGCAAGAAGCGACAAGUGCACAGAGGCAUGCAUAUCGGUUCACGAUGUGACACCGGUAAGCAUCGGGGUCAAGACAAUGUUUGGCAUUAUGCGUGUUGUUGUCCGAAGAAACUCUCCCCUUCCAGCCACCGGAAGUGCGAUGUCAGCAAUCUCAGAUCCUUGUGUUCGGGUUGUGAUCAAAAUAGAUGCUGACGGGAUUCUCCAUGCGACAGCCGAGGCGAUUGCAAAUCAUAAGCACAUUGGGAAAACGGUUGAAACCACCAUUACCCUUGAUAAGAAUCUAGUGCAGUCUUCGGAACAGGCCGAGGCAAUUGAUUGGUACACAUCAGAAGCAAAAGCAGAGGACAACCAGAAUCUGGGCAGCAAGAGAUUCAUAUACUAGGCUGAGGAUCCUAAUUCUAAGAUUGCGAGAACAAGAUUUCUCCAACGAGUGCCACACUGAUCUGAAGAAGCAUUUGAAGGAGGCCUGGGUGUGGUAUAAUGGUCAGAGGAAACUGGCGUCGAAGGAGAAGUACGAUACGAGACAUAGAGAGCUGGAACUACUGGCGAAAGACUCAAAACCUUAAUGUGAUCUAGUCUUGAAAGUCUUCAACCGGCAAAGAAACGUAAAGCAAAAGCGCAACCUGAGCCUUGUGACGGUUGUGUGUAACUUUAUGUCUGGAGGUAAUCACAGGCAGGCCUCCCGGAUAUAACUCAGUAAAGCGCAUUGACUAAA